AUGGCUGACGACAACCCGGAUUGGAGGUCGCAGCUCUCGGCGUCCGAGCGCUAUGAGAACAUUCAGAAGAUCAAGGCAGUCCUAGAGGCUGCAAGCCCAGACGCAUCCGCAACAUCGCAGACCGAGGCUUUCUCGGUCGAAAACCAGGCUUACAAGGAUUCCUCUUCGAGAGCGCAAUAUGACGAGAUAUGCCAGCUAGUCGGAUCAGCAAAUCUCGUUCCCCAGGAGAGCGCAGCACCCAUAGGCGAUGCUGAUGACGGCGUUGGAGUCACUAUUGGCUCUUACAAGAGCUGUAUGCCAGUCGCAACUGGCUUGACGUCAGAGGUCUACCGAUGCCAGGACCGCGCCUUGAAGGUCAUCGUCGAAACGCACAACAUCGAACCUCACAAUCCGCAACGUGAGGCCAAGAUUCUUGCAACUCUGAAGCGUCCUUGCAUCCCGCUGUUGGAAACGUUUCGAGACCAAGAACAAAGAUUCGUCCUGGUCUUUCCCUACAAGCCGCUCACCCUUGCCGAUGUCAUCGACAAAGGAACCCUCCCGCUGCCUAGAGUUCGACGCCUCUUCAAGGAGAUUCUAGCUGCUCUGAAAAACAUACACAGCCAAGGCAUCAUCCACAGAGACGUCAAACCGGAGGCCAUUCUGCUCGACGGCCCCGAUGGACCGGCCUACCUUUCAGAUUUUGGAACGGCCUGGCAUCCGACCAUGUCUGUUGUUUCCGAGCCACCCACGGCCAAAAUUUUGGAUAUCGGAACCGGGGCAUACCGAGCCCCUGAAGCACUAUUCGGCAACAAGGCUUAUGGGUCCUCUGUCGACAUGUGGGCUACCGGCGCCAUGUUGGCGGAGUGUUGUCGCGAUCCUCCCAAGCCCCUUUUUGAGUCCAGAGCAGCGCACGAAGACGGGAAUCAGCUGGGCUUGAUCUUGAGCAUCUUCAAGACUCUCGGCACGCCUACGCGAGAGACGUGGCCCGAAGCUGCAAGCUUCAAGACGCCGCCUUUCGAGAUGUACCGCAUGUUUGAGGGCAAGUCCUGGGAGGAAAUUCUGCCAGAGGUGGAUGUGGAUGUUCGUGAUUUGGUCACGAAGCUGGUCCGCUUCGAUUCAAAACGGUGGACUGCCGAGCAAGCUCUGCAACACAGGUGCUUGCAAGAACCCGACGAGACGCCGAUUUGA